GCCGUUGUGAUUAAAAACGUCAUGACAUGUACGGGACAACUUCACGCCGACUCGUAGAACUCGUGAUGACGAAUCAUCGGCGCCCGGUCAAGAUCUUUGUCCGAACCACUGAUUUCGAUUGCAGAUCUUUGACCUUGAGAAUACACGUUGCUUAAUCCUCGACACUACGGUGUAACUGCUGAACAUUUGACACAAAAGCAAACUUACCUACGUAUACACCAUCUUCUCCACGAGGAAACUGUCUCGAAGCUUUCUCCAUUCAUCUCUUAUCUCUCGGUACGCACUCUCAGCACGCAAUUUCCAGAUCAGUCAAAUAUCAUAUCAACGUCGCAAUGGCGGGAAACCCAAUCGCUGUCAUAGUUGGUGUCGGGCCAGGUACUGGAGCAGCGAUAGCGAGGCGUUUCGCGACCGCAUAUCCAGUUGCAUUGCUUGCUCGUAGUCCCGAGAACUUCGAGGGCCUGGUCACUGAAAUCAACCAAAGCGGCGGCAAGGCUCUAGGAGUCAGCACGGAUGUCUCAAGCGAGACCAGCGUCAAGGCUGCGUUCGAAAAGAUCCAACAGGAAUUCGGCAAAGUGCCCAUCGCUGCAGCUAUCUUCAAUGCCUCUGCGCGACCGCAAAGAAAACCUCUGCUCGAACUCACCGUUGACGAAUUUCAGGCUGGCUUCGACGUGAGCAGCAAAGGAGCCUUCAUUUUCUCGCAAGCAGUUCUACCGGGUUUGAUUGAACAAGCCGAGCGCCAGGAUGCCAAAUACCCGCCAACGCUGAUCUUCACUGGCGCGACUGCUUCGGUGAAAGCCAAUGCUCUCAUGUCUGGCUUCACCAGCCCGAAGCACGCAUUGAGGGCUCUCUCGCUCUCGAUCGCAAGGGAAUUCGCACCCAAAGGCGUGCACGUCGCCCAUGCCAUCCUCGAUGGAGUGAUCGACAUCCCUCUCACGCGAGAAUGGCUCAAAGACCAACCGGCGGAGGCCAAGAUCGCGCCUGACGAUAUUGCGGAAACUUAUUGGAACCUGCAUCAGCAAUCUCGAAGGUGCUUCACCAAUGAGAUCGACAUUCGUCCCAUGUUGGAGAAAUGGUAGAGGGAACCUGCCAGGUACUGUUCGGGGGCUGCCGUUCGUUCCGAAGAUUAUGAAUAAUGGAAAUGUAAUUUACCAUGCGUCGCGCAUGCUCCCACUUCUCAUCAUGUGCCACGGUCUCUCUUCUGCUACCACUCCGCGAAUGUGUCCUCCG